GCUGUCUGCGUCGACUUCGAGGAGGCGCCAGCGGUCUACGUCGGCGGCGCCAAGUCGCAGUUGGCCCAGGGCGUCUCCGCGACCUGGGCCAGGCCCGCCAACGCUCUGCGCAAAAAGGGGCUCGAUGCCAAGAUCGCAGCCACGGAGAGGGAGGCGAAGAUGCGAGCCUCACCCGGCACGGGGUCGAUCGCGGAGGCCGCGCUUGGCGACGGCGCGAUGAAUAUCGGUCCGCGGGGGCUGCUGCAGGCCGCCCGCAACAAGCGGGCACCCGC